AUGGAUAACAAUAACAACAAUAACGAUUCAAAAAUUUUAAGAAAAAUAAAAGUUUCAUCAAAAAAAAUAGAAAAUAAGAAUGAAUUAGAAAAACAUUAUUGUGAGCAAUUUAAAAAAAUAGCAGAAUAUUUAAUAAACGAUGUAAUACUUUAUCUACCGAAAAAUAAAAAAUAUCAAAUAAUUGAAUUAGAAUUUUAUUUCAACACUUUAGAAAAUAACAGUAAUAAUAAUGUACUGUUGCAUUGUGAUCCGUAUUCACAUCAACAUGAACAUCAAAAAACGAGCGGAGAAUGGUAUUUUCAUCGUGUUGGUAAAUUUGGAUAUCGAGGUGGAACCAGAAAAGGUAUCGAUAUAACAUUUGGCAAUGAGAAUGCUUAUGGUGGAAUAUUAAUACGUUCUAUAAAAAGAAUUAUUGAUAAUGAAGACGAUGAUGAGAACGAGUUGAUUGAAGGACCAAGUUUAAUUGUUGAUGAGAUUUUGAGAUUAUGUGGGGUGGAUAACCUUAGUAUAAAAGAAAUGGUCGAAGUAAAAUGGAUGGGAAAAAGUGGAAUUUUCGGCCUUACUUUAUCCAAUACAAAUCCUUCGCCAAAUCUACGUUUAAACUUUCUUUUGAAACCUUAUAGAUUUUUCAUCAAACCACAUCUAAUUAAAAAAGGUAAGGCACAGUUAAUAAUAGGAUUAUACGAUAGAUACCAAGAUAUUAAUAAAGUUACAGAAAUAUCGGGCACGAGUAGAUCAAUUGUCGAAAAUUAUAUAAAAGAGUUUAAAUUAGAUUCUGAUAAUAUUGAUGAAUUUUUGGGUAAAAAAGGAAAAGGAUCAAACGGCAUGGAGUAUUGCAAAAUGGCAGGAGUUGUGCGUAAUUGGUUAAAUAAUCGAGACAAUAAAGAUGUGAGGAUAUUUUAA